AUGGAGCGACUCCAGCGUCUUUUUGGCAAUUUACCGGGACUUCCAGGACAAGGUGGACCUGGUGCUGAUGGUCCACUGGUUGAUACGGCUGAGAAGGUGCAUAUUUCAUCUCUUGCGUUGCUGAAAAUGCUCAAACAUGGACGUGCUGGUGUACCGAUGGAAGUAAUGGGGUUAAUGCUGGGCGAGUUUGUGGAUGACUAUACGGUCAAUUGCAUUGACGUAUUUGCCAUGCCACAGAGUGGAACGGGCGUGAGUGUGGAGGCUGUGGACCCGGUGUUCCAGAUGAAAAUGUUGGAGAUGCUCAAGCAAACAGGAAGAGCUGAAAUGGUCGUAGGCUGGUAUCAUUCCCAUCCUGGUUUUGGCUGCUGGCUUUCAGGUGUUGAUAUCAAUACACAACAAAGUUUUGAGGCCCUCAAUCCACGUGCUGUAGCGGUGGUUGUGGAUCCGAUUCAGAGUGUGAAAGGCAAAGUGGUGAUUGAUGCCUUCCGUCUUAUUAAUCCACAGCUCAUGAUGAUGGGCCAAGAACCUCGACAAACGACCUCGAAUAUCGGCCAUUUGAACAAACCAUCGAUCCAGGCACUGAUUCAUGGACUUAAUCGUCAUUACUAUUCGAUCGCUAUUGAUUACCGCAAGAAUGAACUAGAAGAGCAAAUGCUUAUGAAUUUACACAAGAAAACGUGGAGUGAUGGGCUUAUGCUCACCAAGUUCGAAGAUCAUUCGAAGGAGAACGAGACAACUGUUGAGACGAUGUUAGCUCUUACGGAGCAGUACAAUAAACGGGUGCAGGAGGAGGAAGAAAAGACGCCCGAGGAACUCGAGGUGCUAAAUGUUGGCAAAUUGGACCCCAAGAAGCACCUGGAAAACGACGUGUACGAUCUCAUGGCUCUCAAUACAGUCCAGUGCCUCGGCGCAAUGCUUGACACAAUCGUGUUUUAG